AUGGCGACAGGUGUUAGUGUCAAUCCUGCAAUGAGCUCAACCACGAUGUAUCCAGGCCCUCCACCUCCCUAUGCCUACCCAUCGAACCCGGUCUCCUCGAUACCACCUCCUUCGCACAGCCUCUCGCCCGCUCCGCGCCGGUCCAUGGAGCUGGAUAAGGACCCUUCACAAUCUCAACCGCCUCGCCAAUCCUUGCCAUCGAUCCAUGAAGCCCUCGGCAACGAAAACCCUCUUCCUUACCCAGGCCACCCUUCCGCGGGUGCGCCAUCGCAUUCCGCACACCAUCACCCUCCGCCACCUAACGUACUCUCGCGACCCAGCGCCGAAGGACCUACUGGUCCGCCGAACCCAUUCUCGAACAACACCGCGCCAUCGUUCUUGCGAGACUCCCAGUACCACCCACAGCAACACUCACCAGCUCCCGCAGACCCAUCACGCUCCAGUCUUGUCUCUCUCUCCACCCAAGAUUCCCGGAAACAAUCUCUUCAGUCAGUGUCGGGGAAAUCGCCCACGACAAGCACUCAAACGGCUCCGACUUCGAUCUCGACGUCUCAGUACGACUACAGCGCGCCCACUAGUGUAAUUGCCUCUCCGAAUACAUAUGUCAGUUCCUCGCAGCCGUACUCUUGGCCAUCGCAACCUCCCACUAGCCAACCAGGAUCUUACGACGCUCGUUCAUACAAUGGGAACUCUUGGAAAGCAAGCAUUGACUCGAUGCGUAUGGACGACAAGAGAGAGUUGACUAGGCCCGCUGGGGUACCGAUGGGCCAACCCCAUAGCGACUCAAUUAAGCGACAGCUCGACUCCUACGAUGUAGAGUCGUCGUUGGCUGAGAUUAUCGAUGGAUCCACGAAAACGGUUGAGUUCUCCAAGCACUACGCUACACGCGCCCACCAGGCCCCGCGAUCUGGGCCCGUGUUGGGAUCGCUUCCCUCUGUGCAUGAAAUCGACGAUUUGCUUCAGUUGCAACAGCGCAAUCAUGAAGCCCUGGUGCGCAUUCGCAAUGCCGUUUUAAGUCAAGAGCAGGCGGUGUUGGCCGAACAAAGAGCACAGCGCCGCGAGAGGGUUGACACUGGAUACGAAGAUGGACACGUGGGUCUUUAUCAAGAUGGGUUCAAGAGUCCUACAGGGUUUACAGGCGGUGACGCGAAGAAGCGACGGGGGAAGGCAGCUCCUCCCGGACGGUGCCACAGUUGCAAUCGAGCGGAAACCCCGGAAUGGCGGCGUGGACCCGAUGGAGCUCGUACGUUGUGCAACGCGUGUGGCCUUCAUUACGCUAAGCUCACCCGAAAAAUGGGGGCAAACAAGGCAGCAGCUCUGGGAUCGAAUCUCAAACCAAAGAGUCAUGAUUCUUCGUCACCAGUGCAUCGAUAG